GGUGUGGUUUUUCAGUCACAGUGCUAUUAGCAGGAAAUCAAGCUCUGGACCACGACUUUGAGGCGAAACACAGAAAUAGUAAAAUACGAGUAGCCUUCUUUAGGUUGUGGGAAAAGUUUGAAAUCAAACAUUAACUGAACGUGACUGACGCUAUUUCAGAUUGCGCACCUUAUCUAAUGGACAAACGUUUUAGUUGACUCCAUUGUUGCCAUCAUCCAAUUCCUGACAUCAGUGACUGAAGACCGAGAACUGCAAAAAUGCCAAAGACGAUUAGUGUGCGAGUUACCACCAUGGAUGCAGAGUUGGAGUUUGCCAUCCAGGCCAACACAACGGGAAAGCAACUCUUCGAUCAGGUUGUGAAGACAAUCGGACUGCGGGAGGUGUGGUUCUUUGGUCUGCAGUACCAGGAUACAAAGGGUUUCUCGACAUGGCUCAAGCUCAAUAAGAAGGUGACAGCCCAGGAUGUAAGGAAGGAGAGCCCACUGCUGUUCAAGUUCCGGGCCAAGUUCUUCCCUGAGGAUGUGUCAGAGGAGCUGAUCCAGGAGGCCACCCAGAGGCUGUUCUUCCUGCAAGUAAAGGAAGGGAUCCUCAACGAUGACAUCUACUGCCCCCCGGAGACGGCUGUGCUGCUGGCCUCCUACGCCGUGCAGGCCAAGUACGCCGAUUACAACAAGGAGAUUCACUUGCCAGGAUACCUGUCCAGUGAAAAACUGCUGCCUCAGAGGGUCUUGGACCAACACAAGCUCAACAAGGAGCAGUGGGAGGAGAGAAUCCAGGUGUGGCAUGAGGAACACAAGGGCAUGCUCAGAGAGGAUUCAAUGAUGGAGUACCUGAAGAUCGCCCAGGACCUGGAGAUGUACGGUGUCAACUACUUCAGCAUCAAGAACAAGAAAGGAUCAGAGCUGUGGUUAGGAGUGGACGCCCUGGGACUCAACAUUUACGAACAGAAUGAUAAGAUGACGCCUAAAAUUGGAUUCCCAUGGAGUGAAAUCAGGAAUAUUUCCUUCAACGACAAGAAGUUUGUCAUCAAACCCAUUGACAAAAAAGCACCAGACUUUGUAUUCUAUGCUCCACGACUGCGUAUCAACAAGCGCAUCCUGGCACUUUGCAUGGGCAACCAUGAGCUGUAUAUGCGUCGCCGCAAACCAGACACCAUCGAGGUACAGCAGAUGAAGGCCCAGGCCAGAGAGGAGAAGAACCACAAGAAGAUGGAGAGGGCACUGCUGGAGAAUGAAAAGAAGAAGAGAGAACUUGCUGAAAAAGAAAAGGAAAAGAUUGAAAAGGAGAAGGAGGAGCUUAUGGAGAGACUGAAACAGAUUGAGGAACAGACAAAAAAAGCUCAGCAAGAGUUGGAGGAGCAGACACGGAGGGCCCUGGAGUUGGAGCAGGAGAGGAAGCGUGCUCAGGAGGAGGCGGAGCGUCUGGAGAAGGAACGCAGGAUGGCUGAGGAGGCCAAGACCGCCCUGCUCCAGCAGUCUGAGAACCAGAUGAAGAACCAGGAACACUUGGCCACGGAACUGGCUGAGCUGACCUCAAAGAUCUCCCUACUGGAGGACGCCAAGCAGAAAAAGGAGGAUGAGGCAACGCAGUGGCAACAGAAGGCCUGCAUGGUGCAGGAGGACCUGGAGAAGACCAAAGAGGAGCUGAACAGCAAAAUAAUGGCAUCACACAUACAGGAGCCUAUGCAGGCCGAGAACGAGCAUGACGAGAACGACGAGACCAGCGACCAGGCCAGUGCCGAGUUCACGGGCGGCAUCUCCUACAAAGACCGCAGCGAGGAGGAGCGUAUGACCGAAGCCGAGAAGAACGAGCGCGUGCAGCAACACCUGCUGGCUUUGAGCUCGGAGUUGGCCAUCGCUCGAGAUGAGACCAAGAAAACCGCAAAUGACAUCAUCCAUGCGGAUAAUGUGAAAGCGGGACGGGACAAGUACAAGACCCUCCGGCAGAUUCGGUCGGGCAACACCAAGCAGCGUAUAGACGAGUUUGAGUGUAUGUGAUGUAUCUUGUUUGCAACUACUAUAACCUCCACAGCGGUGCCAUACUUGGUCCAUUCAUUCUAGACUGCAGACCUGCCUCACACAAGCUACAGUGCCUUUUACCCAAACAAGACCAGAAUACAUAUCAAAAAGCAACAAAAAAAAGUACAGCAAAAUGUAUAUGAAUAAUGGUGCACAAAUCACAUUACAAGUAAUGUUAUUCAGAAUUAUGAAAUAAGUGGAUGUAUCAGGGACAUUUUUUAUAGAAGAAUGGUUUAAAGUGAAUACAAUUUGAUAAUACAUUU